CAACCGGAUGACAUCAUCAUUCAAAAUCACUGGCGGAAAUCUGGAAUGUUAGAAUGUGAAGACAUCCAUUAUUAGUAUGAAGCCAAGUGUGCACUGGGGUGUAUCACUGGAGCAUGGAUAAGUCAGUAGAGGGAAGAGCUGCAAGUUUAUUUCGUGCCAAUGACUUUAAAGAAGCUCAGAGAUGCUAUUCCUCAUGUCUUGCUGCUUUAUCUCCAGUAGGCCAAGAGGAAUGUAGAGUCAACCUACUCUUCAAUAGAUCAGCUUGUUUCAUGAAACUGAAGCAGUUUGAGAAAGUGGUAGAAGAUUGCUCACAAAUUUUGUCGAUAGACUGUCAUAAUGAGAAGGCAUAUAGCAGACAGGUGAAGGCAUUGUGCAACAUCAAAGACUUUGUAGGGGCUUACAAGACAACAACCACCUGGUUGCAGUAUGACCCACAGAAUGCAAGAGCAAAGAGAGAGUUCGAGCGUUUGGGGAUUGUCAUCAAUGCUUUGGAUGAUCAGGAAUGUGAUGAUGAUAAUGAUGAUGUGUUAGUUGGAGGACCUGAGUUGGAAGGCAGAGUCCCACCAGAGGGAAAGGAAGAUGACGCUAACACGCAAUCUCCAGGGACACAAAACACCCUUAAUACAAAUAGCCCCCUUAAAUCUGCGACCCCUGGGAGCAGUAAGCUAAAUACAACAUCAGUUGCUAAUAAUUUGAAUCUGAAAGAUAACAAGAUGAGAACAAUAAUCUCGAAGAACCUAAGUCCACAUGUUGAGGCCACAAAUAACCUAAAAAGUAUGCUGAAGAUUGGGAACAAAGGUUUAACAGACACAACACAAUGCAAAGCACCAGGAAACCUUGACACUGGAAGAUAUGACUGUAAAUACUGUAAAGUUUCCUGUGACAGCCAAGCUAAGUUACGUGAACAUGUAUCCACUGAGGAACAUAAGAAGAAAGUCUCGUGUGAUGAUGAUAGAGUCUGGAAAUAUAGACCCCCACCCAGAGGUGUCACAUCUGAUGAAUACAUGACAUGCAUCAGUUUCUACAGUACCAAGAUGUGCAAAUUGGGUGAGAAGUGUUCACAAGCCCAUUCUGAUUCAGAACUCAAGGAAUGGAAAGAACGCUUUGAAUAUCGUAAAGAGAAAAUGGAGGCAGCUAAGCAACUGGAAUUUGGUGAGGCGUCUUAUGUGGAAAAAUUGUACAAUAAAUGGCUGGAAUCUCCCAACCCUACUGAAGUAAUGACCGAUGCUUUGGAGGGUGUACAUGUUCAUGUAAAUACAGACCUAGUGGUUACAACAUCUAGUAAACGUUUUAACAAUUCAUGGACUUUUACAGUCACAAGCAGGCAAAGUGUUCACAAGGUGGCGCUAUUGGAUGACACGAAUAGAUCUUACUUCUCCAUUGCGUCAGUGACAGUUGGGCCAAAGAAGAGUCAGCGGGCACAGAAAGUCAGCGAAAACUGCCAAGAAUGGACCAAUCACACUUUUUCCCCUGGCAAGAACAACAAUGAGCAGGUGUUCAGGAUAAAGAUCAUGUUCAAGACAAUUAUCUAUGGCACAUUUCGUCAGACUGUUGUGUUGGACUUUGGCAGUGAGCCAGUCCUGGUGAACCACAUCUGUGUGGACUCUACGCCUGUCACAGACCUUGACAAACUACACGAUGAUCUCAUAAUAAAUCAGGCGGCACGCUGGGACACUCAUAACUCUCACAUAGUACAGUUUGAACCCUGGCAUGGAUAUUCUGACCAAGAGCGUAACAUUUUGGAUCUCUAUCCCCCACCCAUGGCAGCUAAGUUCAUUAUGUCUGAGGCCCUUACAGAUGGUCAACUGAGGAAAGAGAACUACAGGAGUAGGAUGCAUGACUUACUCUCUAUUGAAGAAAUGGCUCAGUUCUCAAGUAUAGCUAGAUUCAAUGUCAAAACCACCAUCCAGCUUGUAGACAGAUUUAUGCUGGCUCCAAGUAACGUUAGCACAGCCAAGUAUGCACAGGGUGGAGAACUAUUUGCCCGCAUGAAACUUGUUUCUGAUGUCUCAGAGGAUACAUCUCACGGAAGGUUGAUCCUCCAGAAUGUCAACACUGUCCUCCUUGCUCCUGUUAACCAAUCAAAUGCUGGCAAAUCAAGGCAAAAAGUGUAUGAAGCUAUGGUGGAAGAGAAAGGGAAAAACUUUAUAUUCAUCAGACUUUCCGCAAAAACUGUUGAAGAACUGAAACUGCAGACAGAUACAGAAUUCACUACACAGGUGCAGUUUCAACUGAACCGGAUGCCAAUAUGUGAGAUGCAUUAUGCUAUAGGGCGUCUACCUGAUUCAACCUAUGUGUUCCCUGAUGUUCAAGUCAUACCAAAAAUACCAUGGACUCCAAAUAGGCAGUGGGAUGAUACAUUGGACAGUCGACUGAAUGCAAAGCAGAAGGAAGCGAUUGUCGCUAUAACAACAAAACUGAGUUCUAAACUACCCCCUGUUCUGAUUGUGGGCCCCUAUGGCACUGGCAAGACAUUUACAUUGGCACAGGCAGCCUUACAGAUUCUCAACCAGAGUGGCUCAAGAGUUCUUAUAUGUACACACUCAAACAGUGCUGCUGACCUGUAUAUCAAGGACUAUUUCCACCCCUAUAUAGAGAAAGGGCACAAAGAAGCUAAGCCACUUAGAAUAGUGUUUAAAGGUCGCUGGAUCCAGACUGUUCAUCAAACAAUACUGGAUUACUGUACAUUAGAAGGCAGCACGUUCCGCAUGCCUACCAUGGAAGAGUUGAACGACCACAGGAUCAUCGUGACAACACUCAGCACAUCGAGAUGCCUUGAUGAUCUUGGCUUGGAUCCAGGCUUCUUCACCCAUAUCCUGAUUGAUGAGGCUGCACAAGCCAUGGAGUGUGAGGCUAUCAUGCCCCUUGCCCUAGCUAACCAUGAUACAAGGCUAGUGCUGGCUGGGGACCACAUGCAGUUGAGUCCUGAGGUUCACUCAGACUUUGCCAGAGAGAGAGACUUCCAUAUCUCCCUGUUAGAACGCCUAUAUGAUAUAUAUCCUGCUGAGAAUCCAUGUAAAAUACUGCUGUGUGAGAAUUACAGAUCACAUGAGGCAAUCAUCAGUUGCACCUCAGAUCUGUUUUAUGAUAACCGAUUGGUUGCUAGUGGUAACCAACCUAGGCAUGAAGUUUUCUACCCAUUAACAUUCUUCAUGGCUAAAGGCGAAGACAAUCAGCACAAUAACAGCACUGCUUUCUACAAUACUGCAGAGGUGUAUGAAAUUGUUGAGAGGGUGGAUGAACUACAGAAGAUGUGGCCUAAAUCCUGGGGUCCCUUAGAUGAGUCUAGCAUUGGAGUGGUGUCGCCAUAUACAGACCAAGUGAUACGUAUAAGAGCAGAGCUUAGGAAGAGGAAGUUGUUCCGUGUAAAUGUAGAGAGGGUCCUUAAUGUUCAAGGGAAACAAUUCCGUGUGAUAUUCCUGAGUACAGUGAGAACCAGAGCCACAUGUAGCUCUGACCCUGAGGUUGAGAACCUGCUGGACUAUGGCUUUCUUUCUAACAUGAAACUGUUGAACACAGCUAUCACCCGAGCCCAGUCCCUUGUAGCAGUUGUAGGUGACGCUGUCUCAUUGUGCUCCAUAGGAAAGUGUAGGAAACUCUGGGAAUAUUUCAUAGACAUUGCACAGCAGAACAACAGUCUAUUUGGCAUCACAUGGACUCAAAUCAGAGCAAGCUUAGAUGGUGUAGAGUUGAAGAAAACCUAUGUACUAAACCCGAAUGCACCCGAGUUUGUGCCCAACAGACUUCGUCAUGGCCCAGAUUUUCCAGUUGUCGUUCCGAGACCUGGACACCCCUACAUCAAUAGUCCGGCAUAUAUGUCAGCUCAGCCGCACUACACUUGGUACAUGCCACGACCACCCAUCUAUAACCCUUCAAUGUAUUAUGGCUAUAUGUCACCGUACAUGCAGGGGUACCCAUAUUUCACAGCACCUACCACAUCACCUAGAAACUCACAAUCUUCUAAAUCUAAUAAAAAGAGUCUGUCUGUCAGUCAAGUGUCCCCCAAGAUUGCCAAGAGCAGCUCUCCUGCAGCAAGUUUACCUGGGGCCCAAGCUACCCCUGUAGGUCCAGGGACCCCUAACUACACAGUAGUUUCAGUGAGCAGGCCAAGUUGUGGGACCAGUACAACUACGGGUACACCCCCUAAACACCAUUCCCCCGUCCCAGCCUGGCAACAUGGGGCUGGUGUCCCGUACCAGCACAGAUUUCCAGGAACUCUACAACAGAUGCAGCCUCCUGUCAUGUUAGGCUUUCCACCAAAUCCCAUGUUGAUACCACAUCCUCAGCUUGCGUAUCAUCCAUCACUUGGAGCUGCCCAACCAAUGUUAUAUCCACCUUUUCUUGGCCCUGGCCCCUUUGUGGUACCCUCUCCCCAGGGGCAGGCUCCCACAGCUGCUCCCUCCCCCACAGGCAUGCCCCCUGUGUCUACCACACCCGCACCACGAGCAACCACAUCUCCUAUAAGUAUCUCUCAAGGGACUAGAACCACUGAUAAAAGUGAGCAACAACAGGCAGCCUCACCCCAAAGCCCCAUGCACCCUGGGUUCCGUAUUCGACCUAUGCUACAAGGGGAAGCCAUGCGACCAACCAUGGCAAACUCCCACCCACAUAUACAGCUAUUACCUAAUGUAAAGCAUAUCCCACCACACCUUGCCAGCCACUCCAAAUCCAUGCCCCCAAACCACCAACCGAGAUCCAUGGUCCCUGGGCGACAGGCCAGUGUACGACUACCAACAUACCAACAAGGCCACCACCCCCUACUCCCCAAUGUAGAUGACAGGGUGCUCAUUACAAGCCCCCACCUUCAGAGAGAGUUCUAUAUGUAUAUACUAAACACUGAAGGAAAAGUGGCUGCUGAUAGCUUCAUUGAGUACAUCCAGGAGCAGACAAAAAUUGCUGCCUCUCAGGCACAUUUAGGGGCCCCUUUGACAAUCCACCCGUCCCCUCAUCCUGGGGGUCAGCCAUACCCCCAGAUUCAGUCUCAGGCCCCACCAGUGAACAACACACUGACUAAUAAGGCAAGUAGUCCAGAUACGAAGGGAGUACAGCAGCAGAAGUCUCUGAAGAAAGAAGUGGUCAGUGUAGCGGUAACACUAGAUGAGGCAUCUAGUUCUCGGAGCUCACCAUUAUCUCUGUGCAGCACUGACGACUUAUCUGACCAAUCAUUUCGCUCAUCUGAGCGCACACGGGAUCUUAGAAGCCCAACAGGGGGAGCAACUGGUGGUAUUGCGGGAGCAAUGUGUGGUGGUAAUUUUGAAGAAAGUGCAAUAGAACACAUUGUAAAGUCUAUGGACCAUCUAGUCGAUGAGAGCAAGGAGAAUGAGCUUGGAAACAUACACAUAGCACAGAACAUUAUGAAAGUUGCAUUCUCCGGCCAGAGUGCCCCUCAGCGGAAUACUCCUCUCUACAUGAGAGGAGGCAAUGUGGGGACACCCGGCUCUGACAUGGAGAAGAAAACUGAAUCUGGUCCUUUGUCAUAUGCUGGGGCAUUGAGGAAGCAAACAACUCCCCCAGCGACAUCCACAUCCCCACAUCUUAGUCAACCCACACACAGAUCCAUGGACCAUAAUAAGGUCACACAGAACCCAAUGGUGCAGUAUGCGAGCAUGAUUGAGAAUCAUCGUCAAAACAAUGUAUUAAAUAAUCAUUCUGCACCAGAAACUGCAUACCAUACUAGCGCCAACCAAUUUGGGGCACACUCUAAUAAUGCAGAGACAUCUAGUGGUGUCCAACAGAACCAUGCCAGUAGUUCAGCAGCGUUUGAGGCUUUUCUUCAGCAGACUAAGUCUAUUCCAUCCCAGGGAGGUCUUCUGGGUCCAAACACUGAUAAUGACCUAUACAGGGGUUUGUUACAACCAAUUACACCACAGGGCCGCCCUGAUCAAACCCAAAUUCCCCCAAACAACCUGAACUUAAAUUUAGAGGACGUAAUCUCAGAUGAUGCAACGUCGGCAUUCCAGCCACCAGUGUUACUGCCCACUACACCGGAUCAGGAACAAGAUCCAUUAGAAUUGCUGAGACACCUGAAUAUCAAAGCUUCACCAGGUACAGAAGCAUUGUAUCAGUACUUCUCAUAGAAAUAUUGAUUACAUCGGAGUGCAUUGUAGUAAGGCUUAUUAUUCAAUCAUGGGUAAUAUCCAUUUCCAAAUUCCAUAUGUUACAAAGCACUUUGGUGUGUUCCUGAUACUCUAAUGCUACACAACACAAAGUAAUUGGUACAUUCACGAUUCAAAUGGUAUUACACUGUAUGAUAUCAAUGCUGACAUUUAUAUUUAUAUACUACAAGUACAUAUCCUGCAGUAAAACUAUUGGAAAAAGGCCUAUGUUGAGAAUGGCAAAAAAGUUAAAAAAUAAGUAGUGAAUUCUUGCCAAUGCCAUAUAUUGUUUGCUUUUGUGUUUUACUGAUCCUUGCAGGUCUCGAGUCAGUAAGCACAGAAAAUGUCAAUGUUGGCUGAGAUGAAUAUACAAAACUCUAAUCUCAGCUACUGGUAAAGGCAAGAAUGCAUGAGAAAAAACAUAUAAAAAUGUAACAACUUAUUGAAGUUUGUGAAAAAUUAGAAAAAUUAAAAAAUGUAUAAAAAUGCUUUUUAUGAAAAAGCACCAAAAAUAAAACAACCUAAUCAUAGUUACAAGAUGUAGAAAAUUGUAAAAUGUGUGCUUGAAAUGAGUAAUAUGUGUGCUUAAAUCGAUUGAUGUGUGUGCUAAAUUGAGUACUGAUGUUGGAUUCAUGUACACGUAUUGUCAUUGUAAAGAUAGAACUUUAUUUUAGGUUAGAGAUGCACUAGUAUGUAAAAAUAUAAUAUUGUGGAAAUUGUUAAAUGUAUGGAUGUAAUGAAAAAAGUCAGAUGUUGUUUUAUAUUUAGUAAUGUACAUUGAAACCUGUAUAUUCAAACACCUCU